AUGUCGGAGGGGUGGAGCGUGGAAGGCUUCAACGUGAGCUCCAUGAACGCCACGUACUGCGACCCUCUCCACUCCGCCGACCGGACCGACCAGGGCGCGGACGGCGCGGACGGCGCGGCGGCCGUGCGCAUCGUCGUCUCGGUGGUGUACUCGCUGGUGUGCGCGCUGGGUCUGGUGGGCAACUUGCUGGUGCUCUACCUGAUGAAGAGCAAACACGCGUGGAAAAAGUCCUCCAUCAACCUCUUCGUCACCAGCCUGGCCGUGACGGACUUCCAGUUCGUGCUGACGCUGCCCUUCUGGGCGGUGGAAAACGCGCUGGACUUCACCUGGCCGUUCGGGCGCGCCAUGUGCAAGGCGGUGUCGUUCGUGACGGCCAUGAACAUGUACGCCAGCGUCUUCUUCCUCACCGCCAUGAGCGUGGCGCGCUACAGCUCGUUGGCGUCCGCGCUGAAGGGCAGGCGGCGGCGGAGGCUGCGGUGCCCGGCGCGCUGCGCGGCCGCCUCCAUUUGGGUGGCAGCCGCCUGCGCCGCGCUGCCCCACGCCGUCUUCUCCACCACCGUCACCGUCUCCGGCGAGGAGGACCUGUGCCUGGUGAGGUUCCCCGGCAGCGACGGCAGCGCGCAGCUGUGGUUGGGGCUCUACCACGCCCAGAAGGUGCUGCUGGGCUUCGUGGCCCCGCUGGCCAUCAUCUCGGCCUGCUACCUGCUGCUGCUGCGCUUCAUCACCUCCAAGAACACCAACACGUCCAGCGCCAAGCGACGCGCCAAAGUCACCAAGUCGGUCACCAUCGUGGUGCUCUCCUUCUUCCUGUGCUGGCUGCCCAACCAGGCGCUCACCGCCUGGGGGAUCCUCAUCAAACUCAACGUGGUGCACUUCACCUACGAGUACUACACCACGCAGGUGUACGUCUUUCCCGUGUCCGUGUGCCUGGCGCACUCCAACAGCUGCCUCAACCCGGUGCUCUACUGCCUGAUGAGGCGGGAGUUCCGCAAGUCGCUCAGGAAGCUUUUCUGGAGGAUGACCUCGCCCGCCAUGACCACCAUCAGACCGUUCACCGGCAGCACCAAGCCCGAGGGCGAGGAGCGGGGACACGGCUUGGUGCCUCUCAAUUGCCCCAGGGAGCCAGCGGUGGUCUUCUACCCUCCUGGGGCGGCCAUGUAGAUCCAUAGUGACUAUAGAUCACGGGUGUCAAACUCAUUGUAGCUCUUUUUUUUAAACUGCUGCGAAAAUGCUAGUCAAAGAUCCUCUAUGUGACAAAAGUAGAUUCUUAAAACAGCAGUUUUAAAACAAAAACACGAGUCAAAGAUCCUCUCUAUAACAGCAGCGCUCUGCUGUUUUUAAAGAACCGACUAUCUUUGCAGUAGAUCCUUAAAAACGGCACUUUUAAGGCUGUGCGGUCCGUGGACUGAUUGGUACCGGGCUGCACAAGAAAAAAAAAUAAUAUAUAUAUAUAUAUGACAAAAAAUAAAUAAAAAUACCUCCCCCCCGUCCGUGGGACAAAUUUUCAAGCGUUGACCGGUCCGCAGCUACAAAAACGUUGGGGACCACUGCUCUAUGUGACAGAAGUAUAUUCUUAAAACAGCAGUUUUAAAACAAAAACACGAGUCAAAUAUCCUCUCUAUAACAGCAGCGCUCUGCUGUUUUUAAAGAACCGACUAUCUUUGCAGUAGAUCCUUAAAAACGGCACUUUUAAGGCUGUUUUGCAAAAACACUAGUCAAAGAUCCUCUAUGACAGAAUAGCUAUGUUGUAUAUAAUAAACUACUGCAUAAAAUGCUAAUCAAAGAUCCUCUAUGUGACGUAAGUGAUCUGCUUUUUACGAAAAUACUGCAAAAAUGCAAGUCAAAGAUCCUCUAUGUGCCAGGAGUGCUCUACUGUUAUUAAAGUUCACCUGUAUAUGCAGGAGAUCCUUAAAAAAAAGCAGUUUUAAGCAACACCUGUCAAAUAUCCUUUAUAUGGCAGGAAAGCUCUGCUGUUAAAAAAAAACUACUAUGAAAUUGCUAGUCAAAGAUCCUCUAUGUGACAGAAGUAGAUCCUUUAAAACAGGGGUCACCAACGCGGUGCCCGCGGGCACCAGGUAGCCCGUAAGGACCAGAUGAGCCGGCCUGUUCUAAAAAUAGCUCAAAUAGCAGCACUUACCAGUGAGCUGCCUCUAUUUUUUAAAUUUUAUUUAUUUACUAGCAAGCUGGUCUCACUUUGCCCGACAUUUUAAAUUCUAAGAGAGACAAA